ACACUAUGAAUUUCAAUGAUGAAAAUGUAUUCAUUUGGAAAGGAUUUUACCCUCUUCAAGAUAAAUCCCGAAUGUGGCAUUUUUUAAACACCUGGUUUGACUGUCAAGCCAUGCACUUCAGGACCUUCAAGAUAAUGGAUGAUGACAACAGCCGUACCCUAGACAUGAAAGAGUUCCUCAAGGGCUUAAAUGACUAUGGUGUGAACAUCGAAAAAGAUGAGGCCCUAAAGCUGUUCCAGCUCUUUGACAGGGAUGGCAGUGGACUCAUUGACUUUGAUGAAUUUCUCAUCAUGCUCAGGCCGCCCAUGUCUAAUGCCAGGAAAGAAGUGAUCAUGGAGGCUUUCCGAAAGCUGGAUAAGACCGGCGAUGGGAUCAUCACCAUUGAAGACUUAAAGGGAGUGUAUAACGCGAAGAACCACCCGAAAUAUCAAAACGGAGAGUUAACCGAGGAGCAGGUCUUCCGUCAGUUCCUGGAUAACUUUGACUCACCCUAUGACAAGGACGGGAAGGUGACCCAGGAAGAGUUUAUGAAUUACUACGCAGGUGUGAGUGCUUCCAUCGACACAGAUGUCUACUUUAUCGUUAUGAUGCGGAAUGCCUGGAAAUUAAACUAACAGCUCGAUCUACAAUCCCUAGGGUAACAAGCCUUGACCCCGACCUGUGGGAUGUGGAUUGCAGAGCAGGCUUUUCUGCGAUGCCGCCUUUGUAGAGUCUUUCAUUCCCCUAUAGGGAGUCAGUCUGCUCUGCUUCCUGCCUUUUCUUUGGGGUAGCAACAAGCAAACAUUUUUCUUUCCUGUAUCUCUCUCUAUUUGUAGCUUGAUUCCUGAGAAUGAAUCCUCAGACACACCCUAGGGGCUGUUCCACAAAGCAGGAUUUCUUCCUUAUCCGGAUAACUUGUCGGAUUUAAGGUAGUCUGGGCUAAAUGAAAGGGAAUGAAAAUAAAGUCCAUUUAGCCCAGACUACCUUAAAUCCAAUCUACCUUAUCUGGCUAAGCAAGAAAUCCUCCUUCAUGGAAUACCCCCCUGGAAAUGAUAACGUUUUACACUAUGGUACAGUCCACUGAUCUGUGCAGACUGAACCGUAAGGCUGUCCAGUGCCCCUGUGUGGUCACUCAUUCUUAGAGUCUGUGGUCUGAUCAAAACCACAUUUAGCUGAUAGUGUAGCUGUUUCUGGGUUAUCAGUCGCUUUGCAUCAGAAGUGGCCGCUGUCCUCUGUAGGUGUUAGCGUGCUAAUGCACUGUGCAUAAUGGAUGUUCUUCUCUCCAUACGGGCUGCCGCCUCUGUUUGAGCUUCCCCGUGUUUUCAUCCUGUUUGUGUCAGAAGACCGAUCCGAGUCUGAAGGCUGCUGAACACCGUGGGCUGAGGCGUAACUUUGGGUGCCUGACGUCUGUCCUCUGCAUCUCCUGCAGGUGACCAAGGAGGAGUUCUUAAACUAUUACUCCGGAGUCAGUGCCUCCAUCGACAGCGACGUAUACUUUAUUCUGAUGAUGAGGAGUGCAUGGAGACUCUGAUUUUCUAUUACUG